GCCGCUCCGCCCGGCUCACCCCGCGCCCGCCAUGGCCUCCGCCGGCGGCGCCGAGCCCGAGCGGCCGCACCCGAAGCCGUUCCUCAUCGGCGUCAGCGGCGGCACCGCCAGCGGCAAAUCCACAGUGUGCGAGAAGAUCAUGGAGCUGCUGGGGCAGAACGAGGUGGAGCGGCGGCAGCGCAAAGUGCUGAUCCUCAGCCAGGACAGCUUCUACAAGGUGCUGACGGCCGAGCAGCAGGGCAAGGCGCUGAAGGGGCAGUACAACUUCGACCACCCGGACGCUUUUGAUAACGAUUUGAUGCGCGCAACCCUAAAAAACAUCGUGGAGGGGAAGACGGUGGAGGUGCCGACCUACGACUUCGUGACCCAUUCGAGGAUGCCGGACACCACCGUGGUUUACCCGGCCGACGUGGUGCUGUUCGAGGGCAUCCUGGUGUUCUACAACCAGGACAUCCGCGACAUGUUCCACCUGCGGCUCUUUGUGGACACGGACUCCGACGUGAGGCUGUCCCGUAGAGUUCUGCGAGAUAUGAAGCGCGGGAGGGACCUGGAGCAGAUCCUCACGCAGUACACCACGUUUGUGAAGCCCGCGUUCGAGGAGUUCUGCUUGCCGACAAAGAAGUACGCAGACGUCAUCAUCCCCCGAGGAGUUGACAACAUGGUGGCUAUAAACCUCAUUGUCCAGCACAUUCAAGACAUCCUAAAUGGAGACAUCUGCAAGUGGCAGCGAGGGGCAGUGAAUGGACAUGGUCGGACCUACAAGCGCCCGUUCUCUGAGCAAGCAGAGAGCAGCAGUGUGUUGGCAUCUGGCAAGAGGUCCCAUCUGGAGUCCAGCAGCCGUCCACACUAAGCAGAGGCUGAAGGAUUUGCCUCUGGUCCAGACCAACACUGCAGACAACUUUGGGAAAGAAAGACUGCACCAAAAUGCCCGGUGAAGUGCCCUUUAAAUCAUCAUAGCAGCAGAGGUGAUAGUGGUGCGAGGAGAAGGAGGAGUUGGACUAUGGCCCCUCUCCCCUCCAAACCCCUCACCCUUCCUCCCUCAGGUGGCUGAAUCUAUUCUAUUAAUCAACUCUUUAAAGGCAGUUCUACUUGCCUUCCUAAUUUUCAACAUGGAAUCUAAUGCUGAAGUUUAUCCUGAAAGUAAACCAGGUGUUUAGCAAGAGAUCCCUGAUGAUGCUGUUUCUUAGCAGGAAGGUUAACAGCCCAAACAGUCUCUUUUUCCAAGAGGCUCACAGUCUAUUAAUUUCAACAAGCAGGUACAGUCCUUACUCUUCUCCUGCCUUGCUGUGACCCUUAAGUUCUCACACUUCUCUCCUGCUGGCCAACCUUGGCAACCUGUAGCAGCUUGUGGGGACAGGAACACAACUUCAUGAGCACAACCACAGAGGAAUCUCUCCCCCAAGUUAGAGAGAGGUCUGGAACAAAGGGAAACUUACUCUUCAUUGAGGGACAGGCCCAAGAAGCAGUGUGGUUCUCGUUCCUACAAAGUGAUACCUUUCUAAACUACUGCACCUUGCUGUGCUGUAUGCAGAGAAGGCUUCUAUUUUUGUACCCAAACAGUGUUUCCUUUACCACGGUUACCUGAAUGUGUGAGCUCCAACUGGAUUGAGUUGCUCAAGAGAACAGAAACCUGACCUUGUCAGUGUUAGUGUCUUUUAGGGCAUUUCUGUACUGGUGGCUGCAGAUUCUGCUGGGCAGAAUCCAUCCACUUCCAGAGCUGGGUGGUAAAACUGACAAGGGGAAAGCUGUGAAACGUAAGACCCUCCUUGUGAUGCCACAAACAGCUAUCUAUCUAAACGUGGUUUUACCAUCAAUCAGAGCACAGUGACUAAAUGAAUGAAUGUUCUGAUUUUCUAACAAAAACAACCCACAACAACAAAACCUAACAGAUUAGAGGCUGGAAGUACAAACAGUGACAUCCCAAUUUCUGCAAUGUACCCUGUAUAGCUUCAGCAACAUAAAGUUUCUGGUAAAGAAUGUGAAAUGAAGUUGGGCCUUUGAGAAUGUCUGUAUUACAUCCAUCUCAAGUCUGUAAUUACAGAGUAAUUUUGAGAAUGGGGUGGGGGGAAAUGUUACUAAGAGGGACUUUUUGAUAUUUUAUGAUUGAUUUUUUUUCUAAACUUAAAUCUGGCUGUGUUGGUUAUGGGUGUGUAACUUUGGCUAAUAAACACAUGAACAAACA